AUGAGUGCCACCACGAAGGAUCCAGUGGUGAAUAACAAAGUUCUGCCGGUGGAUGAACCGGUAAAGAAGGAAGAGGAUUCACAUUCACAGACACAACAACAGCAACAAGAAGAGGAAGUUAUCAUUAUCCCUAAACCUGUUUCUGCAGAGCAGUUAGAACAGCUGAUAUAUCGUUAUAGGGCAAUCCAAAACCGCCCCAAAGAAAAUAAAGUUGAGAUACAAGCUAUUGAAAGGACUUUAGGUGAAAUAUCCAAGGAUCAAGACUUGUAUUUGUAUCAACUAGAGAGACUCAGAAAUGAAAAGAAACAAGAUGUGGAAUAUGACCAAAAUCUCUUGAGUAGACAACUACUGGCCUUACAGUUUUUGGAUAAAGACAUGGAUAUUCCAGACGAUUUGCUUUUAGAUGAGAGACAAUUGGAUGUGAAUGGUUUAGAAGAUUCGUCCGUACAAUCUCUGGAUCCAGUUAAGGUUUCAUUAGAUUUUGAUGAAAAUGCUAAAAGAUUAGGUUUGCAAGAUAAGUUUACUCACGUUUUCCCCACUAAAUUAGGUGUCCAAUCUACCGAAGGUAUGAUUUCAUCAAGAAUUGCUAAAAGAAUUAGUGAACUAGAAAGAUUACCUGCCAAUCUAGGUGCUUAUUCAUUGGAAGAUGCCCUUGAAUUUGUUACAAAAGAUGAUAUACCUUCUAACAUUGAUUCCUUAAAGAUCAAAGCUUUAGUUGAGCUGAAAGGUUUAAAACUUUUAACCAAGCAAAAAUCAUUGAGACAAAAAUUAAUAAGUAAUGUAGCCAGUCAGGCACAUCACAAUAUACCUUACUUGCGUGAUUCCCCUGUUACAAUGGCAGCUCAAAGAUCGGUGCAAGUGAGAAAUAAAGUUAUAGUACCUCAAACUGUAAGAUUGGCAGAAGAAUUGGAAAGACAACAACUGUUAGAGAAACGUAAGAAGGAACGUAAUAUGCAUUUGAGAAAAGUUCAUCGAAUAGUGGAAUACGUCAAUAGUAAACAGUUGAACACUUGGAACUAUCGCGAUCGCUGUAUGCAAUUUGGUAAGCAUGCACAGGUGAUGCAUAACCAAAUUGAAAAAGAGGAGCAGAAGAAGGUAGAGAGAAAUGCUAAGCAACGUUUGGCGGCAUUAAAAUCUAACGAUGAAGAAGCUUAUUUGAAACUUUUGGAUCAGACAAAGGAUACUAGAAUUACCCAGUUGUUGAGGCAAACUAACUCUUUCUUAGACUCAUUAGCUCAAGCAGUUAGAGUACAACAAAAUGAGGUAAAGAUAAUGAGGGGUGAAGAAGUACCACCAAUCACAGAUGAAGAAAGAGAAAAGGUUGAUUAUUAUGAAGUAGCCCAUAGAGUUAAGGAAAAGGUGGACAAGCAGCCGUCAAUUCUUGUCGGUGGUGCACUAAAAGAAUAUCAAAUCCGAGGGUUAGAAUGGAUGGUCUCGCUGUACAAUAAUCAUUUAAAUGGUAUUUUAGCGGAUGAAAUGGGGUUAGGUAAAACCAUCCAAUCGAUUUCCUUAAUCACUUAUUUAUUCGAAAUGAAAAAGGAACCAGGCCCAUUCUUAGUGAUUGUACCACUUUCUACCAUUACUAACUGGACUUUAGAAUUCGAAAAAUGGGCACCAACUUUGAGAACUGUGGUUUACAAAGGUACUCCAAACCAAAGACGUAGCUUACAGAAUCAAGUCAGAUCGGGAAAUUUUGACGUUCUUUUAACGACUUACGAGUAUAUUAUCAAAGAUCGUUCAGUGUUAGCGAAACCAGAUUGGAUCCAUAUGAUUAUCGAUGAAGGUCAUAGAAUGAAGAACUCACAAUCCAAAUUGUCCUAUACUAUUACGCACUACUACCACACAAAGAACAGAUUAAUUUUAACAGGUACUCCCCUACAGAACAACUUACCUGAAUUGUGGGCAUUACUAAAUUUCGUUUUACCCAAGAUUUUCAACUCUGCGAAGACUUUCGAAGAUUGGUUUAACACCCCAUUUGCGAAUACAGGUGCCCAAGAAAAGCUAGAAUUAACGGAAGAAGAAACGCUUUUGAUUAUUCGAAGAUUACAUAAGGUGUUAAGACCUUUCUUGCUACGUCGUUUAAAGAAAGAAGUGGAAAAGGACUUACCUGACAAAGUUGAAACAGUUAUUAAAUGUGGAUCAUCAGGAUUACAACAACAGCUUUAUCAACAGAUGCUUAAGCACAACGCACUUUUUGUGGGUGCCGGUACUGAAGGUGCCACCAAAGGUGGUAUUAAGGGUUUGAACAAUAAGAUUAUGCAAUUGAGGAAAAUUUGUAACCACCCAUUCGUGUUCGAUGAAGUAGAAUCUGUGAUUAACCCAAGUAGACAAAAUACUCCGCUACUUUAUCGAGUUGCUGGUAAAUUUGAAUUGUUGGAUCGUGUGUUACCCAAAUUCAAGGCCAGUGGCCAUAGAGUAUUGAUGUUUUUCCAAAUGACGCAAGUUAUGGAUAUCAUGGAAGAUUUUCUGAGAUUAAGGGAUCAUAAAUACAUGAGAUUGGAUGGUGCUACGAAAACAGAAGAUAGACAGGAAAUGUUACGAGAAUUUAAUGCAGAAAAUUCUGAUUAUUUCUGUUUUCUGUUGUCCACUAGAGCAGGUGGGUUGGGUUUGAACCUACAAAGUGCUGAUACUGUUAUCAUCUUUGAUACAGACUGGAACCCUCAUCAAGAUUUGCAGGCACAAGAUAGAGCUCACAGAAUUGGACAAAAGAAUGAAGUUAGAAUUUUAAGAUUGAUUACAACUGAUUCCGUGGAAGAAGUCAUUUUAGAAAGAGCCAUGCAGAAGUUGGAUAUUGAUGGUAAAGUUAUUCAAGCAGGUAAAUUCGAUAACAAGUCAACAGCCGAAGAGCAAGAAGCGUUCUUGAGGCGGCUCAUUGAAAGCGAAUCCAGUAGAGAUCAAGAGGAUAAGGCUGAACUAGAUGACGAGGAGUUGAACGAAAUUUUGGCUCGUGGUGAUCAUGAAAAGGUCCUUUUCGAUAAAUUAGAUCAACAAAGAAUUCAGGAAGAAAUUGACCAAGCAAAAGCUCAAGGAUUGGAACAUCCACCCCCAAGGUUAAUUGAAGUUGACGAAUUACCCGAAAUAUUCACGGAGGACAUCACCAACCAUUUGGAAACUGAACCCGUUACUCUUGGUAGAGUAAGAGAGAGAAAGCAAGUGUUUUACGAUGAUGGCUUAACGGAAGAACAGUUUUUACAGGCAGUGGAAGAUGAAAACAAUACCCUAGAGGAAGCAAUUCAGAAAAGGCGUGAAGCUAGAUCUAAACGUCAAAAACAGGGUAAACAACAGGAAACUGUUCAAGAAGACGAUGAGGGAGAACCUGAAGAACAGCAAGAACAAGAAGAAGAAGCCGAAAUUGAUACUUUGGGGAACACUCCAACUGAAGCUGUCGAUGAACCAUUUCAGCCUGAAGAAGAUGCCGGUGCCAACGAAAAGAAACCUAACGGUAAGCGCCCAUCUAGAUCUAGCAGUAGAAAAAAGCGCACAAGCUCUGCUGUUGCUGCUGCUGACACCGUGGCUGAAGAUGAUGAAAUGGUGAAUUCUGUGGAAGAAGAUGGUGGAGAACCUCAAGAGCCGGAGAAGAAGAAACCUAAAUUGAAAAUCAAGCUCAAUUUGAAAAAGACACCUUCUACCCCGGAAAGUAUUGAGAGUAAUGAAAAGAAACCCGAGCCUAAAACCAAUAAGAAGACGAAGAAGCAAGAAAUUAAUGAAUUUGCCAGCCAAGUGCAGAAUUUGUUAAAUAGCAUGCGUGAACAAGUUGAAGAAUCUGAUGGACAUGCUUUGACCAGUAUCUUUGAAAAAUUACCAUCCAAGAGGGAGUACCCCGAUUAUUACGCAGUAAUUGAAAAGCCUGUUGCACUGGAUACAAUCAUGAGAAACGCCAAGAAGGGUACCUAUAAGAGCAUGGAAGAUGUGAGACGGGAGCUACAACAAAUGUACGAUAAUGCUCGUUUUUACAACGAAGAAGGAUCAUGGGUAUACAAUGAUGCCGAAGCAUUGGAACAAUUUACCAACAAGUGGUUUGAGACCGCUUAA